AUGCUAAUAAUUUUUUCAAACUGUAUACAAAAUGGGAAUCAUUGUAUUGAAAAGUUAAAUUGUCAUGAAAAUUAACAAUAAUUAGAAUGUAUAUAGGAUAAAUAAGAAAGAGCUAGCAAUUAUUAUUAGGGUAAAUGUUACUCUAAAAGUUGUGAUUAAGCCCCAGAUAUAGUGAGAUCAAUAAUAUUACGCUAAUUAUUUGAAAAUGAGAUUGAAGAAUGUGUGCCUAAAAAAAAUGGUGGUUUCAAAAAUAAACCAAUAUUUUGUAAUUAAUUAGAAACCUAAGACGCUUGUCAAACAAUUAAUUAUCUCUCUGACAUUUACAUUUGGAAUUAAACCUAAUAAUUUGUAAAAUAAAAAAAUGUUCUUGUGCCCCUUUAACUUUUGAUCAUAUAAUUUAAAAAUUGGUUAAAUGAUUAUGAAUGUAUUAGUAUAUUAGAAGUUGGUUGUGUUGAUAAUUUCGACAAUUGCAAUAAAAUAAAAAAUUUGAAAAGUUGUAUAAAAAUAAAAAUAAUAAAAAUUAUAUGAUUGAAAAAGAUGAAUGUUUUGAAGAAGAAUGUCUAUCGUUAAAUUUUCCUAAAUACGAUACAGAUUUAAAAUGUUCAGAAAGAAUGAAUAUAUGUAAAUUCAAUUAUUAGACCUAAAGUUGUAUAAAUACAGAAUGCCAAAAUUUCUCCGAAUUGAAAUGUGAUUAAGAUUUUUAAAUGAAUAAAUUUUUAAUCUCUAGGGGUUGCAUUCAUAAAAGAUGUGAAUCAGCUUCUUUGUUAUAUAAUUCUUAUGAAGAUUGUUAAAACUGGGAUAUUAGAUGUACAAUAAAUGAUAUAAUAAUCACAAGUAUCUAAUAAGUCUAAGGAUGCAUAAUUAAAUAUCUUGAAUGUAGUAAAUUUUCUUAUUAAUAAUAAUUUACAUCAUAAAUAAGAUAUUCCAUGUUUUUGGAAUAUACAAACAAAAGAAUGUGAAUUUUAAACCUGCUAAAAUGUUCUACUCUUAUUUACUUCAAGAGAAUAAUUUUAAGAAUGGCUAAAAUAUCAUAAUUAGAAAUGCUUGAAUAAGUAGAGGGGUAGAGGCAUUGAGCAAUUCGCUUCGUGUUAAAAAUUAAGUGAUGAGCUACAAUGA